CUGGGCAUUCACAGUCCCAAGUUCUGCUAGUGCUUCAUCACCAGCUGCCCUCAGCCCAAACCAGCCUGCAGCCAUGUCAUUCAGUGGAACCUGGAAAGUCGACCGCAGUGAGAACUAUGACAAGUUCAUGGAACAAAUGGGUAUUAAUGUCAUGAAGCGCAAGCUGGCAGAACAUGACAACCUGAAGGUCACCAUCGAGCAGACCGGGGACAAGUUUCACAUCAAAGAGUCCAGCACCUUCCGCACCAAGGACAUCGACUUCACCCUGGGCGUCGCUUUCGACUACAGCCUGGCUGAUGGCACUGAAGUCUCAGGUACGUGGGAGAUGGAGGGUGACAUGCUAAAGGGCAAAUUCACCAGGAAAGACAACAGCAAGGUCCUGACCACCACGAGAGCUCUGGUGGGAGGAGAGCUCGUACAGAGUUACAACUACGAGGGAGUGGAUGCUAAGAGGAUUUUCAAGAAGCAGUAACCUGGAGUCUGAAGUUCAUAUUUUAUUUUUAUAUAGACGACAUGAUAUAGAUCUGCGUGUGUGUGUUUUUUUUUUCUAAAAAUAAGUCAUGGCAAAGUCAAGUUUAUUCUCACGGGAUUCUACUAAAUAUACCUCAAAAGUUUGGCAUUUUUCAGAGUUUCGCUGCUACAAUAUAAUUGAAACAAUGUGUGGAGACCCAAAGUGUGGACCCUAACUCAGCAACAGCAAACAGAUCCAGCUAAAGAAGUUUUCAUCUUCAUUCAAAAUGAAGGCCAAACCAACACCUGCACACUACCCUCAUUAAAUACCUGAGAACUAACAGCUAUCUGAAUAAAUUAGGUGAUUAACUUGAACAGAAAAACUCAGCGAGCAUGAAAAUUACAGGGCAGAAUAGUUAGAGUAUAACAGUCAUUACCAUCCAGUCGAAGUGCCUUAAAAUAAUCCAAAAAAAAGAAGAAAAAAACAGCAUCCCAGGAAUGGCCAAAUGCUAAUUAAAGGUUGACCCAAAUUUCAAAAACAUAUUUUCUGACUUGCCUCUGGUGGUAACUAGCCAUGCAAAUAGUUUUGGAUUUAUUUGUCCAGAUGUUGAGAUUUUCUCUAAGAUUUCUAUUUCCAUCCUGCACUGGAGGAGAAGAAGUAUUUCAUCUGUGUUUCCCACAGCAUUGAAAAAUGUCAUUUCACUGAGUUCAACCGUUGCAUGUCUUUCCAGAAACAAUGUCCACGUUGCUCUGGCUAGCCCACAGAACGUGUGUUUGUGGAUUAUCCAAUGUAACGGGUGCAUUGUUUCUAGAAAUAUUUGGGGCUGUUUAAUUAUUUAAAUGUCAUUUUUCACUGUUGUGAGCGAUGCCAAUGGAAAUUCUUCCACCUCCAUUGUACCAGGGGGGGAAGGCAAAAAUCUCAGAAAUGAAUGACUCAAAAUGUGGGCAAAAAUAGAGUAGGAUAUCUGCAUGAUUAGAUACAACUGGAGGUAAGUGAGACACUAUGUUUUCCGUAAUUCGGGUGAACUGGCCCUUUAAAUGAUGUGCCACAGCUUACUUAAACUUGAAAGCAUUUGGUCUUCACCUUUGUGAUGGGAAACAGCCUAAAGCAGCACAAUAACAACCACACACAAUAUGAUAUAUAUUAUAUGUUUUUUUUGUGUCUUUAACCAGCUGGGAAACAAGUCAAUUUGCACUAACAGUUCUUAUAUACAGGGUUAUACUGUCUGUAACAUAAAGUCAUUUUCAUGUGUCAUGUGAAUCUAAUAUUGGUGUCAUUUUCACAUAUCUGAGCAAGAGGAGAAUUUGAGCAUUGUAUUUAAUGUGAGUGAAGAUUGACAAAUUAAUUAUGGUUUCAAAGGCCAGUUAUAUCAAGAGUUAUCAAGUCAUCAUGAUCAAGUGCACAGAUCACAUCUCAGUAAUUAAAUUUUAUGUGCAUCAUAACUUUGUAAUCGCUGUCUUGAUAAAGAGAAAGAUUCUGAGGAAACAUCAAACCUCCGCAGCAUCGCAGACUUAAAGUCUCUCUCACAUAGCCUGGCUCUGGUCCAAUCACAUGAUGACAGCCGGGGUCUUGUGCUGUCAUGUGCUGGCCUUUAGGUGGUACACUCAGCAGUAGGUCUGAACAGCUAGGCAGAAAAACCCAUUAGGGAAAUGAGGGUUUCUCACAUGAUGGGGUUGUAGAGAGACAGGAGAGGAUAAUGGCAUUCAUUCAGUGGUGAAAACGCUCAUGAAGU